AAGGUUGAAGUACAGCCGAUUUCAGAGCUACGUGGCAACAGAAGUCUUUACAAUAAUCAUUCCUUUUCUCACUCCACGAAGGCGCCAAAAAACUCUCUUCAACCGGCUGUCAAUCCAAACAGAAGGCGCAACUCCCAAAUAGUUUUUAUUGAUAGCGAUGAGGACACCAAGGAUAUAGACAAAAGUGUAAAGCAAAAGUUGGGUUCUGUUCAAAAGCAAGUUGCUCAUCGGUCAAAUUCCUCUGUCACCAUCUCAGAUGGAAACAGAGAGGGUCGCAGUUCAUUUCUUGUGUUCAAGGUUUCCAAAACCUUACCUUCUGAAAAGGAGAAUUCUUUCCCUAACAAUGUAAAUUAUCCCAGUGAAUUGAGUUCAUCUAAUGAGCAAUUUGGGAUACUUGAUAAAAAAGAUUUUGAUGAAAAUGGCACCUUGGAUAAUGCCCAAUGCUAUCCCAAUUCAGUGAAUACAUUAACCAGAACGAAAACCUUUGAUAAUAUGGGUCAGCAUGCCGACAAUACUGUACUGUAUGAUGAGGUGAGGAAAGAUAGAAAAGCCAUUUCAAGCAUUGUUCGAAGCAGGCAUGAAAGCGCCUUGUCUUCUAAUUCAAGCAUCUUGGAGGCCCAUCAAGAUGCCAUCUAUGCGGAACGGACUAAAGGUACGAUAAAUAAAGAGGCGCAAGCUGGGGUCCAGAAAUAUGUACUAGCCAAUGCUCAAACUUCACAGCCUGUGACUUCCCCUAACGUAUUAGAUUCGCGAUCGAAAGCAGGCACAAAUCAAUCCACCCCGGCUCUAGGUGAUGUAGUCAUGCCGACCAAACCUGUUCACCUUAUUAAUAAGAUUGGCUCUUUGCGUCCAAACAUCCUUAACAAGGCAAAGGAGCGCCAUAGCCGGCCUGUAAAAGGAGAAGAACUCACAUCCGGACCCAUAAAUUACACUCUUUGCUAUUCCAACAAAGAUGCUCUACAUUGUGAUAAUCAAAUGCUCAAUCGGAACACUACUCCCAUGACUGUUUACCAAAAAGUUCCAUCUCAACAAAAUACCGGUUUUUUUGUGAUCUAUAACCAUCCGCCGCCAAGCUCGACUAAAGUAUCAAAUGGGCUAGUGUGUUUUCAUGAUUUACAUUCCACAAUUCGCGACAAAGAUAUGGACCAAAGGAAUAGCAAGUUUAUCUAUAACGAAACCUUGGUCUCAUCAUCUGGCUUUCUACAACGAGAUCGAAAUGUAUCGGAAAAUUUUGGCUCAAUUGAAGAUGUAGCCAGAGAAACUGUUGGAACUAAUUGUGAAAGAACAACCCCGACCUUUAACAACUACAUGAAACAAUUAGGCUUGGGUAAGAAAACCGGAUUUAGAAGCAUCCUCUCACCAAGGCAUAUCUUCAGCAAGCAAAGUUAG